AUGUAUAUCAGGAAAGCCUACGAAGUCACGGAUUUAGCGAAGCAAGCGGAACUCAUCAAGAAGUAUCCUUUGGGGAUUGUUUUCAGUGCGAAUCCCUCGCCAGGAGGUGGGUUAUUAGGAUUCAUGAGAGGUGGAUCUUUGCAGGAAGUUGAUUCAGAGCUGUGUGCAACCCAUGUCCCUUUUUUCUUUGUCGAAGGAAAGGAUGGAGAAAGUCAUAAACUUGUUGCUCAUCUCGCUGCUAACAACCAGCAAGUUGAGCAGCUUGAAAAGGUCGGAAAAGUUCUCGUCGUAUUCCAAAGUGUAGAUUCAUAUACCUCGUCAGCUUGGUAUCCGUUAAAGAAGAAAACUCACAAAUAUGUUCCAACCUGGAACUUCGCUGCAGUCCACGUUUAUGGAACGCCUAAGGUCAUCAGGGAUGACAAAGAAUGGCUAUUGAGGCAACUGAAUCAAAUAACCAAUCAAGAAGAGGGUAAAAGACCUGAAGGAGAGGGAUAUGAAGAGAAAUGGAAAGUAUCGGAUGCACCUGAGAAGUAUAUUGAUGCAAAACUAAAGAAUAUUGUUGGCCUGGAAAUCGAGAUUACUGCGAUACAAUCCAAAUUCAAAUUCGGACAAGAUGAAGUACCUACCAACGUAAAUGGAGUGUUAGAAGGGCUUGAAAAGGAAGUUGGUGGUGAAAAAGGGGAAGAAAUGUGCAAAUUAACAAGGGAAUGUUAUCCUGGAGAGUUGUGA